CAAAUAGCGAAACUCGUCCAUUCCAUUAGGUUAGUCACGACGUCACGGACGUGUCAAUCGCAGAUGAGGACAUUCGCUUUGGACAGAACCAACAUGUGUAGAAUGUUCAAGAGUGUGUAGGCUAUCCUGCUGUUAACAGAACAAAGUUUAGGCAAGAUUACGAAUGUAACGAAGUUAAGUCAAAUCACUUCUGUAUUCUGUAAUGACCAGGCGCACUGUGAUGUGGCUCAGGAUUGUUACAUUUUUCACUGCAUUCCUCAUCGGAUGCCUUGCCAACCAGUCCACUGUCGAGACAUUUAUUGGAAUGAAUGUCCUUUUACCCUGUAGCUGUGGAGAGAAUGAGGCGAGAAUUGUUUGGCAGAAAGAGCCGACACAGGACACAGGGACACCACUUGUCUGCCAUGAAUACAGCUCACACAAAGAUAGUGCAGGUGAUUCUCAAUUCACAAACAGGACUCGACUCUUAAGAAGUGAGAGAGGAAAUUGCUCCUUAGAGUUGUUUGGAGUUACUCUUGCAGACCAAGGACAGUAUACAUGUUAUACUUUUAAUCCUCUUCGGAAGCGUCAGACGAUCAAUCUUAAAGUCAUGGCAAAUUAUUCAGCCUCUUGCACUAGAUCACCUGGAGACCUGGUGUGUGUGGCAAGUGGCGGAUACCCAGAGGGCAAGAUCUAUUGGCAGCUAGCUGGUCAGCGUAUAUCCAACCAAAGUGCCACAUUCAAAAGCCACAUGGAUCCUUCCUCCCUACUCUACAAUUUGACAAGUAACCUGACGGGGUCCAGGCUUCAACAUGCGGAGUGUGUUCUUGAGAUGCCUGGUCAGACCAUCACAAUUAACUGCGCAGAGGCUAUAAAUAGCCCAAUCACUGGAGAGCGCAAUGAUGGUGUGACCAUUGGGGUCCCAGUCAUCCUCAUCCUGAUAGUGGUGCUUGCUGUUGGUGUGCUGUAUGUGUACUGUCGACAACACAGGACAUUGGAGAGUACCAGUGAGACUGGAUGCGGGAACGGGAACGAGAGCAAUGGAACCGAAGAAAGUCUUCUCAAGGAAGUGGUUGGGAAGGAUCCAGUGCAGACAGAGUUCACCAUUGAAAGAGAGACCUGACCACACCAAGCCGAAGAGAACCUAGACUCAUAGAACCUAGCACCUGGGUGUGAGGGAGAGACAGGAAGUGGUUGCCUCUAGCCCCACAGGACACUACGAUGCUACCAGUGCACUACUGUCUCCCAACACUGGACUCUUUGAUGGAGUUACUGUUUGUAAAUAUGCAUUCGGAUACAUUUUUAUGUGAGACAUUAUGAAUUGCACUAGCAUGACGUGCCCUAAAUGACUGAGGUUGGCUAAUCUGUGUGAACUGACCAUGACCAAGAUAGAUAAUACCUCUGACCCAGGGGUCGGCAACCGACACUUUCAAAAGAGACAUUUUUUGACCAAAAAACCCCAACGUCUAAGCCCUUUAAAUAAAAGUAGCAUAUUGGUCUGAAUUAGCUUAUCAACAUCACCAAAUCAUGGGUUACCAAAUACGUUCUUUAAAAAAAAAAAAAUUGAGUGGUCCAAAACACAAAACUGCAAGCCCAAUGUUCAUGAAAGCUGGCGGAAUGUAGGGAAAAGUUCUGAAUUGCCGGGCUGUGCCUGGCCCUGGCAACUUUAACUUCCACAAUGUUGCAUGGCAUGGUGUCUAUCUAGUCUGCAUGGAUAUUUGCACUCUCGAAUGAUCUAGAUGUUCAGAAUGAUCUUUCGAGAUGUCUUCAACAUUAGGCUAUACAUUUUGCGUGCCAUUGCUGCACAUCAGACAAAUAAGGCUAUUAUGUUUUUACACAGCAUAUAGGCUACAGGCUACAUACCGUAAAGAUGUAUGACAGCAUUUUUGUGCAAAUAUUUUGAUGUUAUAAUAUUCAUUUUUAAGAAAUGUAUAUAUUAAUUUAUAUUUUUCAAUUAAGCCAGUGAGCCAGAGAGUGGCUAUAAAAGGCUGCGGGUUGCCGAACCCUUGUACUAAAGUACUGAGUUGACUUUGCCUUUUGAUUAAAACCGAAAUGAACUUUGAAGUUAUGAUCUUAACUUUCAAUAUUCCAUUCUAACUAUCUCUUCGGUGAAAUAGCCAUCAUAAGUUGUUGAGUGAUUGUUGAAUGAUCUGCUGAAAGUAGGCAUUUUUGUGUUUCAUUGUUUGUGUUUUGACAUAACCAAAGAAAAGUGCCGAUUGUGUGCAGCUGUUUUUUUGCUAAUACUGAAACAUUUUUAAGUGUCGGCAUAACCUUGGAACUGUGAAUAAUUUUUAUAUGAGAUUCUUUAAUAAAACAUUGUGUUUUAUACACAA